AAUUACCUGAAAUACUGAUGGCGCCACAAAAUCAAACAAUUAAAGUCGGUAAAAGCUUUGUAUUGGAAUGUGAUGCGGAUGGUAAUCCGAUACCAACCAUAACGUGGCAAUUUAAUGGUGAAGCAAUUGUGGCCAACGAGCAUCUGGUGUUGGAAAAUGAAAAUACGGAAUUGAUAGUAAAUAAAGCUCAGGAAUCUGAUACAGGCAUCUACACCUGCAUUGCAGAAAAUGAAAAUGGUCAUGCGACAGCCGCUGCCACGAUAACCGUGGAAAGAACACAUAGUGCACCACAUUUGCUUAUAGAACCAUACGAUCUGGAAGCUUUCACUGGCACAUCCAUUGAGUUGCCCUGUAAAGCAGACGAAAGCGAAGGCAUACAGAUAACUUGGCGCAAGGAUGGUCGUAUUAUUGACCCUAAAAUUUUACAGACAGAUAAAUAUGAAAUUAUCGGCACAGGCAGUUUGUUUAUUAAAAAUGUCACAAUUUUGGAUAAUGGUCGUUAUGAGUGUUCGAUUAAAAAUGAAUUUGGACGGGCUACCGCUUCGGCUUUGGUAACGAUAAGACAUAAUGAAGAUGUAGCUCCGGGUGAUCGUUAUGUACGCAUAGCUUUCGAAGAAGCAGCAAAGGAAAUUGAUUUGGCCAUUAAUAACACUGUAGAUAUGCUGUUUACAAAUCGCAAUCGUACUAGGCCCAAUGGCGAAAGAGCACCACCCAAUUAUGGAGAUUUAUUAAGAGUUUUCCGUUUCCCAACCGGAGAAGCCAGACAAUUAGCCAGAGCUGCUGAGAUUUAUGAAAGAACUUUAGUUAAUAUUAGAAAACAUGUUUUGAAGGGUGAUAAUUUAACUAUCGAAAGUGAUCAGUAUAAAUUUAAGGAUCUUUUAUCACGAGAACAUUUGCAUUUAGUGGCCGAGUUAUCGGGUUGUAUGGAACAUCGUGAAAUGCCCAAUUGUACGGAUAUGUGUUUCCAUUCGAAAUAUCGUACACUAGAUGGUACUUGUAAUAAUCUUUUACAUCCCACUUGGGGAGCUUCCCUAACCUCUUUUAGACGUAUAGAGAAACCUAUAUAUGAAAAUGGUUUCAGCAUGCCUAUAGGUUGGACUAAGAAUAAAUUAUAUGCUGGCUUUCCCAAACCCAGUUCAAGAUUGGUUUCUACUACACUAAUAUCGACAAAAGAUAUAACGCCAGAUGAUACCAUUACCCACAUGGUAAUGCAAUGGGGUCAAUUUUUAGAUCAUGAUCUAGAUCAUGCUAUACCCUCUGUAAGUUCCGAGAGUUGGGAUGGUAUUGAUUGUAAGAAAACCUGUGAAUUUGCUCCGCCCUGUUAUCCCAUUGAAGUGCCACCCAAUGAUCCUCGUAUUAAGAAUAGACGUUGUAUAGAUGUAGUACGUUCAAGUUCAAUUUGUGGUUCUGGCAUGACUUCCGUAUUCUUCGAUAGUGUUCAGCAUAGAGAACAAAUUAAUCAAUUGACUUCGUAUAUUGAUGCCUCACAAGUUUAUGGAUUUAGUGAACAAUUUGCCAAUGAAUUGAGAAAUCUUACCACCGAUGAUGGUCUCUUAAGAGUGGGUGUGCAUUUCCCCAAUCAACGUGAAAUGUUGCCAUUUGCUGCACCUCAAGAUGGCAUGGAUUGUCGCCGUAAUUUAGAUGAAAAUCAAAUGAGUUGUUUUGUGGCUGGAGAUAUAAGAGUUAAUGAACAAGUUGGUUUACUGGCCAUGCAUACCAUUUGGAUGCGUGAACAUAAUCGCAUAGCUAAUGAAUUUAGACAUGUGAAUCCUCAUUGGGAUGGUGAUACUAUUUACUAUGAGGCCCGUAAAAUAGUGGGAGCUGAAAUGCAACACAUUACCUAUAAACACUGGUUGCCCUUGAUUAUUGGCGAAAGUGGUAUGGCUAUGUUGGGUGAAUAUAAGGGUUAUGAUUCAUCUAUAAAUCCCAGUAUUGCUAAUGAGUUUGCUACGGCCGCUUUAAGAUUUGGUCAUACUAUUAUUAAUCCUAUAUUGCAUAGAUUGAAUUCCUCAUUUGAGCCCAUACCUCAGGGUCAUUUGCCAUUACAUAAGGCCUUUUUUGCUCCCUGGAGAUUGGCCUAUGAAGGUGGUGUAGAUGCUUUGAUGAGAGGCAUGUUUGCGGUACCAGCUAAAUUGAAGACACCCGAUCAAAAUCUUAACACCGAAUUGACCGAAAAACUUUUCCAAACUGCCCAUGCUGUAGCCUUAGAUUUGGCUGCUAUUAAUAUACAAAGAGGUCGUGAUCAUGGCAUACCCGGCUAUAAUGUCUAUCGUAAAUUCUGUAAUCUUACUGAAGCUAAAACUUUCGAUGAUUUAGCUGGGGAAAUUGUCAGCAAAGAUGUAAGAGAUAAAUUAAAGGAAUUGUAUGGACAUCCUGAUAAUAUAGAUGUUUGGGUAGGAGGUAUUUUGGAAGAACAAGUUGAGGGUGGCAAAGUAGGUCCUCUAUUCCAGUGUUUGCUAGUAGAACAGUUUAGACGUUUGCGUGAUGGUGAUAGAUUUUAUUAUGAAAAUCCCACUGUUUUCCUGCCUCAACAAUUGGAUCAAAUUAAACAGGCCAAUUUGGGUCGUGUGCUCUGUGACAAUGGUGAUAAGAUUGAAGAUAUGACCGACAAUGUUUUCAUUUUACCCAGCCGCCAGGGAGGUUAUAAGAAAUGUGAGAAUAUUCCUGGUAUAAAUCUGUAUUUAUGGCAAGAUUGUGGUAGUUGUAGUAGUUUGCCGCCACUCUUCGAUACCUAUAUACCACAAACAUAUACACACAGCAGAAAUAAGAGAUCUCUUAAUACAGCAGGCCAAUCCGAAACUUUAGCAGCAGAAUCCAAUAAUCAUUUAGAAGAACUUUGGGAUAUUAAUGAGGAACGAGUAGGAGGUCUAGAGGAAGUGGUUAGUAGUUUCCAAAAAGAAUUGAAAAAACUACACAAAAAAAUCCAUAAACUAGAGGAAACAUGUGAUAGUUCUAAUGCCAACACCAAUGCCAAACCAACCAAACGUAAUCAUUGUGUUGAUGAUAAUGGCACUACACGCUUAAACAACGAAGUCUGGACACCGGACUAUUGUACCAAAUGUGAAUGUCGACGCGCUCAGGUUACUUGCACAAAAGAGAAAUGCGGUGAAGUUCAUUGUCUACCGGGCGUAGAUCCCAUAACACCACCUAUGGCAUGUUGUCCCCACUGUCCACCCACUUUUAAUAAAAACUAAGCAAUUGAAAUCCCAAUUUUUUUUAUUAAGAACAAAAAGAGAUUAACAGUUUUUAAAAAUAUUGUAUGAUGUUUAACAUUUUUUAAACUCUGAAAACACAAAACAAUUUCUGAAAAUUAUUAAUUUUAUGCACAAUAACUUAGUUCAAAUGAAUUAAACCAAAAAAAAUCAAAUACUAACCUUAAUUUUAAGAUUCUUUAACACUUUUAAGAAAAUUAAAAACAAGAACACAAUUAUAAAACCAAACACAAUGAAUGGCCAAACUUAAACCAAAAUAAACAAAAAAAUAAUAUAUAUAAACGUACUAUAUAAACAAUUAUAGACAACUAAUGUAAUGAUUUGAAAAAAAAAUAAUAAUAAAAUAAAAAUUAAAUAAGAUU